CCAGAGCGCAAACACAAAUACGCACGGAAGCGUUUCCCAAACCUGUUUCGCCAAUAUAUUAUUACAGUAUCAACUUACUGAGGGUUUGAGUUAUGCUGCUGUGGCAGAACCGGGCCGGACCUGUGUUAACUUGAACUGAGAAGAUGAGAGAGAAAGCGAAAGGAUCGAUCAGAUUAAGGAUGUUGGACUUCGGGUGCCGGCUGUGGCACCUGACGCUGGUGCUGUGUCUCACAGGACUCCUGCAGGGGGAUCUGUGCUACGGUCAGCGUCUGGUCCAGAUCCAGGAAGGUCCUCUGUAUAGAGUGAAAGGAUAUCCCAUCUCCAUAUCCUGUAAUGUUAGUGGGUUUAAAGGCCCAUCUCUGCAGGAUUUUGAAUUUAAGGUCAAGAAAUCAAACAUGGAUAUAAAUAUCAUCAGUACUAAAGAGCAGGACUUUGCCUAUGCAGUAUUCUCCAAUAGAGUAAGUGUAAAAGAUAUUGAGAUUGAGAGGUUGUCAGGAUCUGCAGUUCUCUUGAGGAUCAAAAAUUUGCUUGAAGGGGAUGCGGGUGAUAUCUUCUGUCAAACCCCAACCACUGAUCCCAUAUAUUUUGGAAGUUAUGAAGCGGAAACAAAACUUAAUGUGAUUGAGGACACCCUGAAAGCAUCGUACUCUGGCUCUUACUCUCAGAGCUUGUCUGAAGGUGAUCCUCUUCAGCUUGAGUGCCAGGUCUCCAGCGAGACUUAUCAGCACACCCAUCUGUCGGUCAGCUGGUUUCUCCACAGUGGACCGGAUGAGAACCCCCGACCAAUCAUCACUCUGGACAAAGAUCUGACUGUAAAGCCAGGAGCUGGAUUUGAGGAUCGCUACCACGCAGGUCUUAUCAGCAUGGAUAAGGUGGAGGACACAACCUACAGACUGAAGAUGUCGCAAGUUCAGCAGUCUGACCAGGGGAACAUCUACUGCAAAGCCAGUGAGUGGAUCCAAGACCCAGACCGUUCCUGGACACAGAUUGCCCAAAAAAACAGCACAGCAUGUAACGUGGAGGUCAAACAAAUUGUGGCCCCUGAUGAAGGUUCGUUCAGUGUCUACAUGAAGGCCUCAUUGGGGCCCCUACAGGUGGGAGAUGCACUGGACAUCCACUGCAGUGUGAAGGCACAGAGUCUUCCUGGUCAUUUAUUUUCUGUGACCUGGCUGAAGAACCAGAAGAGCGUGGCUCAGAUUGGAUCUUCUGGGAUGCUCACCGUGUUUGACAGUUAUAAAGAGAGAGAGAAUGCAGCGGAGAUGAGAGCAGUGAAAACCAGUCGCACUGACUACUUGCUGACCAUCCGUUCGGCUAGGGCUGAAGACCAGGGCGAAUACCAGUGUGAAGUCUGGCAGGAAGACAUUAAUGAUGAUGGCACCUUCAGAAAAAUACAAAAACAACUGUCCAGUCCAGAGACUGUAAACAUCAUGGCCAAAGAGAGUGAUCUGACGCUGGUCAUGGUGAUGGAGGAUGCUGUGACUGAGGGAGAUACACUACAGGUCUCCUGCUUGGUGUCGGGAUCCAAAGGUCCUUUAUCAGUGUCAUGGCAACACAAGAAAGACUCUGGGGAUUCCUUCAGUGAUGUCAUUAGUCUGACGCAUGAGGGAGUGAUGAAAGAUAUUGGGACAAAGUAUAAGAGCAGAAAUGUUCAAACACUCCAAUCUCCAGCUGGAAACUUUACCCUGGAGAUCGUUGCAUCUGCAACAUCUGACAGAGGCGAAUACAAGUGCAUUGUGUCUGAAUGGACCGCACAGAGCAAUGGAGAGAUGACGAAAGCCAACACCCAGUCUCAGCAAAGAGCCAUUUUAGUUAAUUCUGUUGAAUCUCUAAUGAAGGUGACCUUGAAAAGUCGUACAACAAAUGUGCCUAUAAAUUCUUCAGUGGAAUUACUAUGUAUAGUCAAAGGGCCUAAAGUGUCUCUGGCUGUACGCUGGAUGUUUCAGCCGCCCAAUUCAACUGUACAGAGGAAUAUUUUAUCCAUACUCCACACUGGAGAAAUCGCCUGGGGAGCAGAUCGGAGAAACUAUCAGCUGUCCAUUCAGACACAGCCGUCAGCCACACAUUUUUUGCUCAUAGUCCCACAAGCCAGCAAGCAACAAGAAGGACAAUACCAGUGCCAAGCUGAUGCCUAUCAAAAGAAUGUACAGAAAGCCAUGAAGAACUCCAAUCCAUUGGCGGUGACUGUACAAAAACCUGUCAGCCGGAUGAGCCUGACCAAACUCAAGUCUCGCCUGGAAACCACUGUCAACACUGAUGCUAAGAUUGAAUGCUCAGUCUUGAAGACAACCACAAAUACUUCUCGUUUCACGAUAACAUGGAUGAUUGGGUCCCAGAUGCUCUUAACUAUGGACCUAGAUGCUGUUAUCAAGUUUGGCCCCGCAGCUGGCCUAGAGAUGGACCAGAGAAUCCGCAUGGAAGUAAGACAGAAACAGACCUUCCAGCUGACAGUCCAUCAGGUCAGAACAUCUGACAGUGGACAGUAUCGCUGUGAGGUGGAAGAGUGGCUCCAGGAUCCUCUUGGUGACUGGUAUUCCCUAAAGAAAAUGUCUGGUUCCACAGAGCUUGUUGUCAAAGAGAAAGAAAGUAAACUGCAUGUUAAGAAGGAGGACCGAAUGCUCAACAUCACCAAUCAUCAGGCUGAGUUCACCGUUGACUGUGACAUUGACUCUCAGUCCAGUGAUAAGUCUACCUUUGAGGUCACCUGGUUCAAGGUUCAGGAGGAAGGACCAAUCGCUAUAUUCACUGCCAGGCGUGACGGUACUUUACACAGUGCAAUUGGUGAUAAACAACUGGUGUUUGGACGACCACAUGCCACACACUACAAACUGACUGUGCUGCAGAUCCAGCCCACUGAUGUGGGGCAAUACUACUGUCAGGUAGAGGAGUGGCUUCCCACCGCUGACAACUGGAGGAAAUUGGUUUCAGAUACAUCUGGAGAGCUCUCUGUCCAUGUCCACACUGAAGGUGUUCCUGAAAAAUCGAUAGACUGGUUGGUAACAACACUGGGAAUCACUAUUCCUCUGAUUUGUUUUCUUGUGUUGGUUAUAAUAUUGUUGUUGAGAAGGAAGCACAAGAGGAGUUUUGAUCAGAAGAAAAAGAAAGCCGAUCUGUGGGCUGAAAACCACCCCCUUAACACUGUGUCAAAGGUGACUUCAGCCAGGUGACCUUUCUACCACAAUUACAGUAUUAAUCAUACAGCCAUGACACACACAAAGUACUGUUACUGUUUCCUGUUUCUUUUUCCUUGACUUUUAAUUUGUAGAUCAUUUUUUCCUGUUUCU